CCUCAUCCUCGAUUUGGUCUCAAACUUACCUUUUAAAUCUACCCGAGGCAUCGGCCCCGCUCCAAAGAACGCUCCCCAGAACGGAGUCUGCUCCGAGUCUAUUCGGAGCGAUGGGCGGCAGCGACGGCGACGCGCUCGACAACGACGCCAUCAUCGUGAUCGACGCGUGCUGCUGCUCGUACGAAGGCUGCCUCUGCUCGGACGAGUGCAUCGGGUGCAUGGCGAGCGAGACCCUGUGCUGCCUCGAGAUGGAGUUCUGCUGCAAGUCGGGCACGGAAAGCCUCUGCUGCAUCUGCUGUGCUAUACGCUGCGUCUCGCCAACCGUGUGCAUCAAGUCGCAGGGCCAGGUGUGCUGCCUGGCCGGGGCCGCCGCCAUCCCGUGCGACGAGGAGGUACCCUGCAUGGUCGGCAUGUUCGGCAUCGUCUGCUACCCGUCGUUCAGCGUCUGCAAGACGCUGGGCGAGAUCAAGGGGGGGGGCGUCGAGGCCGAGGGCGAGGGCGGCGACAACUCGGCCACCGACUAGCCGGCGCCUGCCAGGCGAAGGCGCGUCUCCCGGAGGCGCACGUGGCCGAGGUAUGAGCCCGCGGGCCUGUUUUUGCCAACCAGCCUGUGGUGUUGGGUCGUCGUUUUGAAGAGACAGCGCCCCGCACCAUACCCACAUUCGCGGUACUCGAAGCUGCACAUGCUUGGGCUCUUCGCCAGGCUAAUUUUUUGCUCGCGGCGCCCAAAGUGAGAGGCCUCUGCGGAGGCUCGGCGACCCGCGCCCCGGCGGGCGCCACGGCGCGGCGAUCGCAACUGCGUGACGGUGAGCUCACGGUGCAGUCGCAGUUUUUUUUUUCCACUGGCUGCUGCGGGCCCGCCCGGUCCUGAGAGAGCUGCGCUCCAGGGGUAUACUGGCAUGGCCCGGCGAGGGGAUGACGCAGGAUGAGGUGGCGAUCUAUUGCGCGGCCCUCGGCGCGAGCGGCGGCGAGAGGGGCCGCCCGAGCGCGCGCGGGCUGGCGGCGAGGAAGCGCUCGGGAAA